CUAUCAGGUUACCUCUCCACGGAUAUAAGAACAUCAUGUGAGUGAUUUGGUCACACGGGGGCAGAAUAUUGCCUGCAUUAGUCGAGACACAUGGAAAUGGUUUGCUUCCCACACUAUUUAAAGCCUUUUUGUGGUGGUGAAGAGAGCAGCCAGAUUGACAAGACCAGCAGCAGCAUCACACACGUGCAGAUCACCCUGUCGGCCACCUGGGACGGAUCCAAACGUGCUGCAAAAAAGCUGUGAAGGACAUUGUUGUUUUCUACAACUGAAGGGCUUCAGCCUCCAAAAUACUCAGUGGAUCUGAAUGCCUUUCUAGCUAAGUGAUGAACUUCAGCAGAGAUGUGGCGCGCCAGACCAGUUGUUACACGUACGUCAUAGAGGAUGAAGAUUCAGCCCUGGCAAGUCUAAAUGCAGUCGAGUUGGCAGAGAAGGGGGACCUGACGCUUCUAGAGAACCUGGUGAGGAAGAGCCCAGAGGUCCUCUGUGAGAAAGAUGAAUGCGGAGCUAGUCCCCUCCAUCAUGCUGCUGCAGGGGGCCACGUCUCCCUCAUUCGAUUUAUCACCUCUGUCAUAGAUCCACAAGAGCUGAACAGCUGUGACGACCAGGGCAACGUCCCUCUGCACUGGGCCGUGGAGAGGAACAAAGCAGAGAGCUGCAGGGCCCUCAUGGACCUGGGAGCCAACCCCAACAUCCUCAACAAUGCUCUCCUGUCCCCCCUGCACCUGGCGGUCAGCCUCGGACACAACAGCCUGUUGGGGAUGCUUUUAUCCUACAGUGUGACAAACUGCAACCUGCAAGGAGACCUUGGUAACACCCCACUAAUACUGGCCUGCUCUCUCAACAACUGUGAAGCUCUGAACAUACUGCUAAAGCACGGGGCCAUGCUCUGCACACAGAACAAGCUAGGCCAUUUUGCCAUGCAUGCUGCUGCCUUCGCGGGAGCGAGGAAAGCCAUGGAAGUCAUUCUGAAGGCUGGAGAAGAGCACGGCCACAAUGCAGUGUCCCACAUCAACUACCUAGACAAGUCCAAGAGCAGCCCUCUCCAUCUGGCCGUGCGUGGGGGGAAUUUCGAAACCAUCCGUCUCUGCAUCGCCACUGGGGCCAAAAUAGACCAGCAACAGAAUGAUCGCUGCACGCCUCUUCAUUUGGCCUGCACUCAGGGUGCUAUAGAGGUGGUGAAGCUGAUGCUGUCCACUGUGGACCAAGUGGAAGAUGUUAUCAACCUGACUGAUGGGGCUUGCCAGACUCCUCUGCAUAGGGCUACAAUAUUUGACCACGCGGAGCUGGCGGAGCACCUGAUUUCUUUGGGUUCUGAUCUGAACAGCACCGACUGUAAAGGAAACACCCCUUUGUUGUUGGCAACCAGUUGUGGAGCAUGGAAAACUGUAGCUCUGCUGCUGUCCAAAGGGGCCAAUGUGAAUGUGAAAGACAAAUGUGGCUGUAACUUUCUUCACCUGGCCAUCCUGCAGCCUAAGGGUCUGAAAAACCUCCCAGAAGAAGUGCUACAGCAUAGCAGCGUGAAAGCUUUGCUGAACUGCGAAGAUAACGAGGGCUGCACGCCACUGCACUACGCCUGCAGACUGGGUAUCCAUGACUCAGUGAAGAACAUGCUGGGCCUCUCGGGUCAAGUUGGCCUUGCAUGCAAGUCCAAAGACAAGAAGUCUGCUCUUCACUUUGCUGCACAAUACGGGCGCAUCAACACCUGCCACAGGUUGCUGGAGUCCAUCACAGACUCUCGUCUGCUAAACGAAGGUGACGAGCGAGGCCUGACGCCACUCCACUUGGCUUCCAAGGGGGGGCACACCAAGGUGGUUCAGCUGUUGCUGCGCAAAGGAGCUCUCUUUCACAGUGAUUACAAAGGCUGGAGUUGUCUACACCAUGCCGCCUCUGAAGGAUACACACAAACUAUGGAUAUACUGCUCUCUGCAAACCCCAAGUUAUUGGAUAAAACCGAUGAGGAUGGGAACACUGCACUCCAUAUCGCUGCGAGAUCUGGACAUGUGGCUGCAGUCAGAAUGAUGCUGGUCAGAGGGGCUGAGCUUGUGCUGAACAAGAAUGACACUUCCUUUCUUCACGAAGCGCUGCAGAACGGGAGAAAAGAAGUGGUCAACGCUGUGAUUGACAGCGAAAGGAUUGAGGAGGCUUUGCGACUGUUUGUUCCCGGUUCCACCCAACGAUGCCCCAUUCUUGACAUGAUUGAAUUUCUGCCUGAGGGCUGCAAGCAUCUGCUUGACCGCUGCGUGAAGGAGUCUGAUGAUGACCACAACAGCCCUGACUACCAUAUUGAAUAUGAUUUCAGAUGGCUGCAGGCUCCCAUUUCGCAGAAGCUGAUUGAGCAGGGCUACGCUCCUAAGCCUCUAGCCGCAGUCAAUGCGAUGGUGCAAUAUAACCGCAUCGAGCUCCUCAACCACCCAGUCUGCAAAAAGUAUCUGGGAAUGAAAUGGGUUGCCUACGGGAGCAAAGCUCAUGUGCUCAACAUGUUUCUGUACCUGUUAGGGCUGCUGCCCUUAACAAACCUGAUAGUGACCCUUCGACCCUCUGUAAACACCACCGAGACAGGCGAACUCGACAUCGUCAUGGUUCCCACUUCAUUCACAGAGCAAAGUAUGUUCUUGUCCUUCUGCAUGGUGAUGGUCUUGAUCACUAACGUCUAUUCUAUUGGAAAAGAAGUGGUGCAGAUAUCACAGCAGCGUUGGAGUUACUUCAGGGACGGGUCGAACCAGAUAGACUGGAUGUCGGCUAUCAGCUCUCUUUUGUUCGUCGUUCCCCUCAUGGUCAACGCAGAAGGUUCUUGGCACUGGCAAGCAGGCGCAGUGGCCAUUUUAAACUCCUGGAUUGGGUUUCUCCUUUAUCUCCAGAGGUUUGAGGGUGUUGGCAUUUAUGUCGUGAUGUUUGGGGAGAUCAUGAGGACAUUGCUCCGUAUCGUGAUGCUGUUUGUGUAUCUGAUGUUGGCGUUCAGCUUGGCGUUCCACGCUCUGAUGCUCAACCAGGAAGAGUUUAACAGUGUGCCGCUCUCCGUGAUUCAAACCUUUGUGAUGAUGGUCGGAGAGUUGAACUACCAGAACAACUUCCUGGAUGCUUACUUGAACAACGAGCUUCCAUUUGGUGUCUUGACGUAUGUCAUUUUCGUGAACUUUGUUCUGCUCAUGCCAAUCCUCUUGGUGAACCUGAUGAUCGGUUUAGCAGUCGGAGACAUCGCUGAAGUUCAAAGAAACGCUUCCCUGAAACGAAUAGCGAUGCAGAUUGAUCUCCACACAUCCCUCGAAGACAAGCUCCCUUACUGGUUUAUGAAGCGAGUGGACAAACCCUCAGUCACCAUCUACCCCAAUCGCAAGUGCUCCAGGCACUUCCUAAAACAAAUGAUCUCUGGGGAGGACGAAAGAAGCGAAGUCUGGACUCGUCUGCAGUCCAAAUCGCAGAGCUGCACGUUUGUGGAGAAUGAGCUCAAAAAGCAGAAGGCCAGGAUGAAGGAAAUGUCAGGCAUGUUGGAGAAGCAGCACUGCCUGCUCAAGCUCAUCAUCCAGAAGAUGGAAAUCUCCUCUGAGGCCGAGGAGUCCGACGGUCCCGUGACACUGAAAGGCAGCAUGUGGCCCAGCUUGGGUCAUAGCAAAGCAAGGGGCCGCAGCACGUCACGCUGGGUCCCGCUGAUUAAGGCCAUCGAGGCCAACCGCAAAUAGAAGAGACCUACACAGCAUGAACUUUUCUGAUUUGCACAGUGAAUUUCCACUGAUACAUAGGUGUAGUUGUCAUUUUAACAUGUAAAACUAUGUGUGUGACUGUAAUUGCUCAAAUCAAGAUCAAGUCCUCAAUUGCAAUAUUUGCUUUCUGAAAGACGGAAGGAAAGGAAAGAAAUAUUGGAUAAGUCAGGAUGGAAAUGAAUGUAAUCUUGUGUUGUUUAUUGUUGCUGUCUCUAUGUAAUGCUUUAAUGCAGUGGUUCCCAAAUCCGGUUCUCAAGUAUCCCUGCCCUGCAUGUUUUAGACGUUUCUCUGUUCUAGCACACCUGAUUCAAAUGACCGCAUGACCUCUUUUCUGCCACUAAUUGUUGCAGAAGUCUGUUAAGUCAGCCACAGAUUUAAGUCAGGUGUACGGAAGUAAGAAUACACCUGAAACAUGCAGGGCAGGGCUGAAUUGAAGAGCAGGUUUGGAAACCACUGCUCUAUAUGCCACAUCUACUCUCACAAAAUAUAUUUCUUAAUUUCUGUCACUACUCCCAAAUAAAGCAUAACAUUACCCUGCACAACACGGCUGCAAAUAAUUCUAAAAGUUUUCAUCUAAGCACGUACGAUACCACAUGAACAGUGUAAGGAACGAAUACAUCAGACAUCUGACUUUUUUUUUUUGCUUUUAUCGCCUCGAGUCCAGUGCUGCAAACUGCUUUGGUGAAGAUCAUGGGAACCACGAGACGCAAACAGAGUUCAGGCUCUGACAUCAUGAGCCUGCACCUGUCCCUCUGCUUCUCGCAGCGGACCUCUGGUGGAGGUCAAGCCCCCGUCAAAGUCUCUGCUGAUGGAAAAAUACCUACUCCGCCUUUAGGUCCACUUUAAAGUGUUAUUUAUUACCACUGGCCUUGGAUUUAAUUAUCCCCAGGGCAAGUAGAGCAACCAUAAAGCCAUCAAUUACAUCAAAGUUUAGGGUAAUAUUUUUUUCCCGUUUUACUCUAGGAAGUGUGUGCAUAGAAUGACCAAUGAGCGCAGUGUUUUAUCUCCGCCUGUUCUCCCUCUGACAGUGAAUGAAGCACCAGGAUGAAUGAUGUCAUAUGUCAUACAGCUGAUGCCUUUUUUGUGUCCGUCACAAAAAAAACAAAAAAAAAAGAUGACGGCUCACCAGAUGAUCGGUAAAUCCGACAG